AUGUUGAGAUCCUACUUAAAACUCAUGUCUUGGAGGACUGCCGCCAAAACGCAGACAAGAAUUAUAGCAGCAGCUCGUUCAACGACAAUUCGCACUUUCAGUACUUCUCUUUGUUUGUUUCAACAAGAGAACACAAAGAUCGAAAAGCUUGUUGAAGAUAUCAGUAAACUUACACUGUUGGAAACUUCUCAGCUUGUCGACCAACUGAAAACAAAACUCAAUAUCCAGGACGUAGCUCCAAUAGCCUUCAAUCCAUCUGCAGUAUCUGCAACGGAUGCUGGCGCCGAGGAACCGGCAAAAAAGGAGGCUGCAGAGGAGAAAACAUCUUGGACUGUUCGGUUAGACUCAUUUGACGCCGGUUCUAAAGCCAAGGUUAUUAAAGAGGUCAAGGCCAUGCUGGGUCUAACACUUGUGGAGGCCAAAAAGACGGUCGAGGCAGCACCGAAGGUGCUGAAGGAGAACGUCUUAAAAGAAGACGCUGAUGCAGUCAAGUCCAAACUGGAAGGCUUAGGUUGCAAAGUGACGCUGGAGUAG